AUGGACUCCCGUUCCCUCCGCACCCGCCAUCAAGGGACAAGCACAAGGGCCCCUGCACAGCUGGGGCUCCCUGUGGGCACCCGUCCUCUUGCACCCUCUCUGAGCCCCCCCUUCUGCUCGGACCAGUGCGCGGCUUCCGGAGAGAUCCGAGCUGCAGGCACGAGCCCAAACGUACCCGUGCUGUCCGCAGCCCCCCGCCCCGACCUGACCCCGCCGUCACGCCCACACUCCAUGACCCCCCUUCCAGCCCACAGCCCCCAGGACCCGGGCCGGCCCCUGCCUCCAGCCGCAGGCCCCCCCUCCCGGCUCCACGGAGUCCCCAGCCACAACGCAGAGCCCCUAACCCUGAGUCCAGCCCUGCACCGCAGACCCUCGCCUGCCCACCCGGCCAGCAAACCCCAGCCCAACCACCCACCCAAGUGCCCGCCGCCCUCGCAGACUCCGGACCCGCCCGCGGCGCCCCGCCCCGCCCCGACGCCCCCUCCCCGCUCCCCGCAGCUCCUAGGCUCUCUGGACCCCGUCGUCUCAGCACCCCCAGCCCCGCAGACACCCCCACACCCCCUGCCCCCGGUCCCCGCCCCGCCGUCGCACACCCCGGCCUCCCUGGAAGCCCCGGCCCCGCAGCACCCAGAACCCGUAGACCCCGGCCCACCCCCCGGAAGCCCCUGCGCCCAUGCACCCCUCCCCUCGCCGCCCCCCGGGCCCCCGCGCUCGCAGACCCCGGCUCCCCGACCGGAGCAACCAGACCCCUCGCCGCUCCCCCCGCUCCCCCCGGUGACCCCGGCCCACCCCCGGAAGCCCCAGCCCCCGGAGCGCCCGUCCCCUCGCUGCCCCCGGAGCCCCCCGGAGCCCCCGCCCUCGCAGACCCGACCUGGUUCCCGGCUGCCCCCGGAGCCCCCGCCCUCGCAGACCCCGGUCCCCGGCUGCCCCCCGGGGCUCCCAGACCCCGUCCCCGUGCCCCCGGUGCCCCCCGCCGGGCACCGAGACCCCUCGCCCCUCCCUCGGUGCCCCCGGUGCCCUCGCAGACGGCCCCCGGACCCCCGGACCCCCGGACCCCCGGCCCGCAGAGCGCCCCUCCCCCUCGGUGCCCCCGCUGCCCCCCGCCCUCAGCGACCCCAGCCCCCCCCCCGCCGGAAGCCCCGGCCCCGUCCGCGGAAACGGCUGGUCACGGGGUGUCGCUCACCGGCGCGGGGCUCCGCCUGCGCCCCCGGCCACCGCCGCCCAGGCCCGAGCUCACCGCCGACCCGCGACGACCCCGCAGCCGCGGCCUCUCCGCCCGGCGCCGCCACCCUCCGCCGGAGGCGCCCCCGACGCCACUCGCCGUCGCCGCCGCCCGCCCCUGUGACGCACUUCCGCUUCCGGCGCUCGUGGCCGCGGAAGCGGCCGCGCGGCGGCUCCCCGUUUCGUCUGCCGGGCCUGGCCCCGCCCCGGAGGCGGGACUUCCGGGGGGCCCCCGCGAGGGGGGGCGGGCCGGCCCGGGCUUGGCACUGCGCGUGCGCGAGUCCGCCCCGCCCCCCAGGCGCCAGCUGUGCCCGCGUCCAGCCGGAGGCCUCACCUGGGCCGCGCUUCUGCGGCAGGUGCACGGGCCGCGCCGGGCCCCUCGCGCUGUCGGGACCACGCACCGCCUGCCGCCGCGCCGCACGAAGCUUCGCGGAGAUCCUGGACACCCAGGCAAGCCCCCGACACCCCACCCCUGCUACAGACCAGCCCUCCUUGGGAGCUGAGGGCUUCGGGAAGCCUGUCGAGGAAGGAGCGGGGCUGGCAGAGACCCCUCAGGAAGGCCGACUGGCGGCCCGGCCCUCCCACAGCGCUGGUGCUGCAUCCAGGGCCCAGGGAGACCCCACGUCCAGUCCUGGCCACCCGUGCUGA